AGAUUACAAAUUACAAAUACCUACAACCUACAACACGUCUUUUAGUAAUAAACUGACUCUUAAACUAUCAUCAUCAAUAUUGUUUUCUCUAGUGUCAAUUACAUAUACAAAUAUUACUUUUUUUUUUUAAUUUUUAUGAUGAGUUUAAGCAAACGAGAUGAUCAUCAUCAAAGUUUCUCCGAAGACUCUGGAAGUGAUGCAUUUCGCAAUGUAAUGAAAAAUAUGACAGCCUUUUUUGUCUGGAAAAUUCAAGGUUUACAAGCAAUAUCUGUACCACGAAAUAAAGUUGGAUAUUUUUUAUCUGAUUCAGCGUAUAUUAUUUAUGCUGUUUCGUCAAAAGAAAGCGAACUUCCUUAUCCUGGAAUUCCACUUAAAGAAAUAAAUAAAACAAAUGUAAUACGUACAAUACAUUUUUGGAUUGGAAAUAAAUGUGAUUCAAGUAUAUCUGGAGCAGCAGCCCUUCGAACUGCUGAAUUAGACGCACAAAUAAAUGCAACACUUUUAUUCCGUGAGUCCGAAGGCCGUGAGAGUUCACGAUUUCUUGGAUAUUUUCGUCACGGGCUUACAAUAGAGUAUGGACAUUUUGAUAAUUCCACUGUAAAAUUACAUCGUGUUAGUGGAUUAUCAAUACCUAUAAUAAAUCAAUUGGAAUCAAUAACAUGGUCAAGUUUUUCAUCGACCGAUGUUAUCAUUAUAGACACCCAAUCACUUGGAGUAUUAUUUAUCUGGGUUGGUUCAGCAUCUACAGCAUUACAUCGUCGUCACGCAAUAGAUAUUAUAGAAUCACGUAAAAAUAAUAAUAACAACAACAAGAAUAAAAUAAUAAUUGUUGAUGAUGGUUAUGAACAAACGUUACCUGAUGAUGAUAGACGAUUAUUUAACAGUAUAUUGGAUUUAAAAAUACGUUCUGUUAUUCCUUAUCAUCAGGAUAAACAUUAUUAUAUAUCUGCUCCUGUAAAACUUUACAAAUGCAGUCAACAGUCGGGUAAAUAUAAAGUUGUUGAAUUAAAAUCAGGACCAAUUUUUCGCAAUGAUUUGACAUCUACAGCAGUAUUUAUAAUUGACCAAGGUGAAGCUGGUGUUUGGGCAUGGAUAGGAAAUGAUGUUGAUGAUAGAGAAAAAUUAGAAGCUAUAAGGAAUGUAAGAGGUUUUGUUAAAAAAAAAGGUUAUAGUUGUUGUGUACCUGUUGCACGUGCUCUAGAAAAUUAUCAACCAAAAGAAAUAAAAAAAAUUUUUCGUCCUUGGGAAAUUAUACAAAUUCGUCCGCUUAUUCUUCAAACGUCAUUUGAUCAAGAUUAUAUGAAUGAAAGACCUAAAUUAUCAGCUGAAUGUCAGCUUGUUGAUGAUGGUACUGGAAAAAAAAUAAUCUGGCGUGUUAGUAAAAAUGAAAUGGUUAAAAUUUAUGAAAAUUCAAAAUCUUGGGGAUUUUUUUACGCUGGUGCUUGUUAUGUAAUGAGAUAUAUUUACGGUAAUGGACGUAAAGAAAAAUCAAUUAUUUAUUGUUGGGAAGGAGCACACUCAUUAAGUGAUGAUAGAGAUGCCGCAUUAGAUUUUGCAUGUAAAUUAGCUGAGGAGACAUCCGGACAACUGAUAAAAGCAUCACAAGGACGAGAACCUCCACAUUUAUUACAAAUUUACGGUGGAAAAUUAUGUAUUCUUGCUGGCAAUCACCAAGAAACUACGCCAAAAAAAUAUUUAUUACGAGUAUUUGGAUCAACAUCUUAUACAUCAAAAGCCAUAGAGCGCCCGUUAAGAGCAAGUUCAUUAGAUUCCACUGGUGUUUUUAUAUUAUUUUCUGGUUCACCAAUUGUUUGGUGUGGUGGAAAAAGUACUGGUGACUUACGCGAAGCAUCACGACGGCUUGCACCUGUAUCAACACCAUUAAUUUCUGAGGGUAAAGAAAAUGAUGAAUUUUGGAUUCAAUUAGGAGGUAAAGGAAACUAUGGAACAGAAAUGUCACAAGUACCCGAACAAACAGAUAAAUACAUGUAUCACUGUAAUGUUAUAAACAAAAAAUUUGUUGGUAAAGAGAUAAUAGGUUUUUCACAAUCCACUCUCAUACCUGAAGCUAUAUGGCUUUUAGAUACAGGAACGAUGAUUUGGGUAUGGGUUGGCAAUCUUUGUGAAAAAAAAAAUUUUAAAAAAUAUCUUCAAGACGCAGCAAUAUUUUUAUAUACUCAUCCUGCUAGUCGUGAUCGUAAUACACCAAUAUCAAUAAUACGACAGGGUCAAGAACCACCAACUUUUACUGGAUUAUUUGACAAUUGGAAUCAUAAUUACUUACGUGAUUAUCGUUCAUUUGAUGAGUAUCGUUUAUCGUUACAGAAUUUACAAGGACUACAGAAAAUUCAGAAUAAUUAUCACAACAGCUAUUCAAUCAAUCAUUAUUCUGAUAAUAAUAAUUAUGAUGAUAAUGAUAAUAACAACAACCCAGCAUCAAAUUUUGAUGCUUAUAUUAAAUAUCCAUUAAAAAUAUUAAAAAGUGAACCAGAUAAUUUACCAAAUGGCAUCGAUUUUUUUAAAAAAGAAAUGCAUCUAACUUAUGACGAUUUUGUAUCUAUUUUUAAAAUGAAUCCUGUAGAAUUUAAUAAAUUACCAGCAUGGAGACAACAACGGCUCAAACAAGCUGCUGGUUUAUUUUAAAUUAAUUAUUCUUUAUACUUGGGUAUAAUAUAAUUAAAAAUUAAAUAAAUAUAUAUGUAUAUA